GAAUUCAAAACUAACCACCAAAACGAGCAUUGGCUUGCUGCUAGUUAGUUAGUCAAUACUGAAUACAAGAACAACAACAUGACAUUUUGAUUAUGAAUCUCUGAAGAAACUAAUGUAAUGGCCUCCUUCAGGGACCUCACAAGGCUCUUCAAUGGCUUUUCCCUAAUCGCCAACCAAUUCGCGAAGCGCUCUUUACCUAACUCCACAACCUCAGAUUUCCAAACCCUAAUUAAGAAAGCUCUCGUCUCCGCCACCGACCUCUCCGGCAUCACCAAAGGAAAGGUUCGCCACUUCCCCGAUACUCCUCCCUCCUCUACCGCCACACGACGCCACGACGCUGCUGCGUCUAGUUCCGUUGUUUUUUUCUCCGACGACAUUCCUUCUUCUCAAUCCCAUUCUACACCGACAACAACCACUACAGUAACAAACAUUGACGAUGUUGCCAAGUCUUCUUCCGACGCAAAUCACGAUGCAAAGGAGGAGAAAAGUGAGGUUGUGACCUCUGCUGAAACGGUUAAUCAAGUUGAAAGUGAGGAAGUGGCACCGGCACUGGCACCUUCUCCGCCCCCGUUGAGGAAACGAAGACCGAGGGAGAGGAAGGUUCCCGCAACUCCAUUUUCUAGGGCUAUUGGGUUUGCUGGGUUAGGAGCAGGUCUUGCGUGGGGGACACUUCAGGAAUCUGCCAAGAGGCUUGCCUUUGGUACGCCUACUACGCAAGGCAAUCAAUCUGCACGUUCCCCGUUUUUGUCUGAAAAAAAUGCCGAACGUUUGGCUCUUGCGCUAUGCAGAAUGCGUGGAGCGGCGCUCAAAAUUGGGCAGAUGUUGAGCAUACAGGAUGAAUCUCUUGUUCCUGCUCCGAUCCUGGCUGCAUUAGAAAUUGUUCGUCAAGGUGCAGAUGUGAUGCCAAAGAGCCAGCUUAAUCAAGUUUUAAAUGCUGAAUUAGGUCCUGGCUGGUCAUCAAAAUUAAUUAGUUUUGAUUAUGAACCUAUAGCUGCUGCAAGUAUUGGCCAGGUGCACCAAGCUGUCAUGAAGGAUGGCAUGCAAGUUGCAAUGAAAAUUCAGUAUCCUGGUGUGGCAGAUAGCAUUGAUAGUGACAUUGAGAAUGUGAAGCUUCUUUUAAACUACACAAAUUUAAUUCCUAAAGGACUUUAUCUUGACAGAGCUAUAAAGGUGGCCAAAGAAGAAUUAUCUCGCGAGUGUGAUUACAAGUUGGAGGCAGCGAAUCAGAAGCGGUUCCGAGAUCUUCUUACUGGCACAGAUGGAUUUUAUGUUCCAAUAGUUGUGGAUGAUAUUUCAAGCAAAAGAGUAUUAACUACCGAGCUUGUUCAUGGAAUUACAAUUGAUAAAGUGGCUUUACUGGACCAGGAAACUCGUAAUUAUAUCGGGAAAAAGUUAUUAGAACUGACAUUGAUGGAGUUAUUUGUAUUCCAAUUUAUGCAGACUGAUCCUAAUUGGGGUAAUUUCUUAUUUGAUGAAGCUACAAAGACAAUCAAUCUGAUUGAUUUUGGAGCAGCACGUGAUUACCCUAAAACAUUUGUUGAUGAUUAUUUAAGAAUGGUUCUAGCAUGUGCAAAUGGUGAUAGCGAUGGGGUUGUUGAGAUGUCCAGGAGACUAGGGUUCCUCACUGGAAUGGAAUCAGAUGUGAUGCUAGAUGCCCACGUCCAAGCUGGGUUUAUUGUGGGUUUGCCAUUCUCAAGACCUGGUGGAUUUGAUUUCCGAUCAACCAACAUUACUCAAAGCAUUUCUCAUCUUGGGGCAACAAUGCUCAGACACAGGCUCACUCCUCCACCUGAUGAAGCCUAUAGUCUGCACAGAAAGCUUUCCGGUGCUUUUUUGGCAUGCAUUAAGAUUGGGGCCGUUGUCCCAUGUAGGGAACUGCUGCUUGAAGUAUACAAGCAUCAUAAGUUUGGUGAAGAAAAUGAGAUAUUAUCCACUGGUUCAGUGUCUGCAUAGGUUAAUUAUUUUUUCUCCAAUUAAUUUUUGCCAAUAAUAAUAAUCCGUGGGAAGCUAAUUUUGAUCCAGGCUCCUUAACAGGAAUAUUUCACUUUGCUCCACAAAUGGAGUGCUUUCGGGGGACAAUUUGCUCCCUCCCCAUUUGUAACUUUAGUUGCCUAUAGAGUUUUAAUCAGAUAGAUUAUUUGAAAGGUGAUUGAUUCCUUAAAAGAAUGUAUUUCGAAUUGGAUGUGUAUUGUAUUGUAUUGUGUCGGAUUUUUACAUCAUCAUUGUGAAUUUUGACAGUGCUGCUAGUAAAAAGUUAAAACCAACUUACUCUUGGAA